UCCGUAGAGACCACAAAUAGUUCAUCACUCUCACUCAACGCAAGAACUCUUUUGUCUCUGUCUCACAGUCAUGGCGACUCUUCCUCUCUCUCAAACUUCCACAAUCUCUCUUCCUAAACCUUAUCUCUCCAAACCCUUUUCAAUCCCACUCCGUAACGGCACACUCUCAACAACAACAAAUCGCCGGGACUUUCUCAGCUCCUCCGCAAGGAUCGUGGCUCGGUCAUAUAAAGUGGUGGUGGAGCACGACGGCAAAACGACGGAAUUGGAGGUUGAACCGGACGAGACGAUUCUAUCUAAGGCUAUUGAAUCAGGCCUUGAUGUCCCUUACGACUGCAACCUCGGCGUUUGUAUGACUUGUCCGGCUAAGCUUGUGACCGGAACGGUGGAUCAGAGCGGUGGGAUGCUGAGUGAUGAUGUGGUGGAACGUGGCUACGCGCUUCUAUGUGCUUCGUAUCCAACUUCUGAUUGUCACAUUAAGAUGAUCCCUGAAGAAGAGCUCUUGUCUCUCCAGCUCGCCACUGCCAACGACUAAUUAAUCAUCUUCUUGAUUGAAUUCGGUCCUUUUGGUGUUGUUUUGUAACGAAUCUUUGCUAUAGAGACUUUGAAAUCUUGAAUUUUCAAACAAGAAAAUGGUUUUUUAUUUAAACAUUGCAAUUUGGAUGGAUAAGGGGAAAUAAAGUGAUGUACAUUUUGUAUCAGACAUAACAUAAUCCAUAGUACUAGUUUUGCCUUUGA